AACCCAUCCACCAUAUCCUUGGGGCAUUUUACUGCUGAUACAUACGCCACAGAUCGAAAAUGGCCAAUUAUUAGACAAUAUUAUAUUUUUUUUCUCAAGAGUGCUGGCCUGGCAUAUAUAUAUGAACAUCAUUUCAUAUAACCAGGCUUGUUCACUCAUCAACUACAUACCAAUUUCACAUUUGCUUAUCAAUCUGCCUCUUCAAUUCUCUCCAUCGAUCGGCUAAACAAUCGACCAGCAAUUAAGAGGCCGGACAGCAGAAAUACACAGACAGACAUCAGCUAUGCAUUCCCUACAACAUAAUUAAGACAGCCGCCGCGAGUGCCAGGUAAUAAAAAGUAUAGAAUAGGCAGUAAUUAUGGCGGAUCCAAUUGGGCCAAUAGUUGGGACCAUUUUCCAAGGGUUGCAAGAACAAGUUAAAACCCAAGCCCAAUAUGCCCUCAACUUCAAAGAGCAGUUCAAAGAGAUGCAGACACAACUUGAACUCAUGCAAGCAUUCCUCAACGAUUGUAAAGAUGACAAAAGUAAGUGCCAAACUGUGAAGACAGCCUCAAAGCAUCUGCGAGAAUUAACGUAUGUUGCAGAUGACGUUGUCACCGGCUGCCAAAUCAGGGAAGACUACAAGAGAGCAAUUGAGAGUACAUUCUGCUUACCUUCUUGCAAGGAAGUUGUCUACCGCUGGGACACGGGCAGGAAGCUGACAGAAAUUAACCAGCAACUUCAGAAGAUGCAUAAAAGGCAUGGGCUUCUUGAGUCAGUUGGUCAGAGAUCUUCUAAGCCUCCUGCUCCUCCUAGAAGAAAAACCACCCCGUUAGUGCCACACAAAAUAGUUGGGCUAGAAAAAGAGACUGAAAAAAUAACAAACUGGAUGUUUACUGGCAAUGUCUCAUUUAUUGGCAUUACAGGAAUGGGGGGGUUGGGUAAAACCACAAUCGCCCAAAAGGUUUUCAACCAUAAGCAGGUCAAAGACCGAUUUAAAAAAAGAAUUUGGGUUUGUGUAGCUCAAACUUAUGAUGCGGUUGAGCUGGAGAGGAGUAUCUUGGAUAUGCUAGGGGUGGAAUAUAAGGGAUGCAAUGAAAGUGACCUGCAAACAAAAAUUUCUGAAUUUCUCUUGGCAAAUAAUACCUUAAUUGUGUUGGAUGAUGUGUGGACGCUAAAAGGUGGUUGGUGGACUCUGAUAUCAACCGCAUUUCAGGAAAGAGCCAAGCAUAACGGAUGCAUCAUUGUCACGUCCAGAAAUAAGCAAGUCAUAAAAGAUAUGGUAGCACAUGGUGGCUUUAACAAUGUAGAAAUCCACGAACCCAAGUUGCUGAGUAAAGUGGAAAGCGAGAAGUUAUUCUGCAAGUUUGUGUUCGGCCAAACCAAGACCAAGUUCAACAAGUGUGAAUUAGACAAGGUGGGGAAGGAGAUUGUACACAAGUGUAAUGGUCUCCCAUUAGCAAUCAAGAUAAUUGGAGGUGUUAUGAGUGGUGUUAAACCACGGACACCUGCCGAAUGGAGGAAGAAAUGUGAAAAGUUUCGUGAAGUAAUAAUUAAAAAAAUUGAAGGCACAGUUAGUGUUAUAGAUUCAUUGCAGUUGAGCUACGACGAGCUUCCAGAUCAUCUAAAGCAGUGCCUUUUAUGUUUUGCAAUUUAUCCAGAUGAUCAUGAAAUAGAAGUGGAACAACUGAAGCGUUGGUGGGUAGGGGAAGGUUUUGUUCGAGGCACUGAAAUUCCAAAUGAAGAAGCCUACGAGUAUCUGUUGGAGUUGAUCAAUAGGUGUUUGGUUGAGGUUACAAAGAAGGGAGACUUUGAUGGAAGAGUGCACAAAUGCAAGAUGCAUGACAUGGUUCGAGAAAUGGUAAUCCGAAAUGCAAAAGAUGAGGCAUUCUGCGACUUCAAUAACACAGGCAAGCAUAUAGCCACAGCCAAUUCUCUGCAUUUGGGUGUCACAAAGGACACAUCUUUCCAGUCAUUGAAUGGAAACGAGAAGCUGAGGGCACUUAUUCUCACCACAUGUGAUUCCAUUGGGUUCAAUAAGCGAAUUGCAUUGGCAAAAGUCAAGACUCUCAGGGUGUUGGACCUCUCACGUCUAAAGCUAGAUGGAAUCAGUGUGGACCACCUUUGGCACUGGAUCACAUCCCUAAAACUCCUAGCUUAUCUGAAUCUUCAGGAUGUGGUAGGCUUGGAGGAAAUCCCACCCUCGAUUCAAAAGCUUUGGGGCCUUCAGAUUCUCAUCCUAAAUGGAUGCGAAAGUCUUGGAAGCCUACCAUCGCCAAUGCCAUGCUUUCCAAGAUUAAAAGUUUUGGAUGUUAGGAAUUGUUCAUCUCGUUUGUGGAUUCCACAAGGCCUCUCUACACUCUCUACUCUUCAAGAGCUUUAUGGAUUCAAGAUACCAAAAGGAAAUGAAAAAGAAGCCUGUGGACUGGACGGCCUCAAGGAAAUGAAGCAACUUGAGGUGUUACAUGUGGACAUAAUGAAAGGAAGCCUGAUUCAAGGUCACGACUUGACAGCACUGGGAAGUCUGGAAAAGCUGAGGGUACUAUCAAUUAAUGCCAAUGGCAUUACAGAUGAUGAAUUGUUACAAAAGUUGAAGAAGUUAUGUGUGCCCUCAGGUUUAAAACAUUUGUAUCUAAGGCGCUUCUGCCUAGAAGAUACACCAGCAUGGAUAAGCCCUUCUUCACUGCCCCAGCUGCAAUUUCUUUGCAUCGAGGACUCGAAAGAGCUCACCCAAUUCAGCGAAAACUUCCAUGAGGGUCAGUGGAUGGUAGAAGGAAUGUCUUUGAAAUUCUUGCCUAAGCUGGAGGUGGAAUUGGAAUGGUUGCAGAAGGCAAUGCCUCAACUUAGGUACUUAGAAGUUAGCCACUGCAACACGUCAAAGUCUUCUACUUUUCUCAGUGAUGAUUUAUAUACUUGGGAACAACCAAAUGAAGAAGAGAUGGAAGAAGACAAGGAACUAGAGCACAAUGCCUAUGAAGAAGAUAAGGAAGAAGAAUGCAAUACCCGUGAAGAUUGAAGCAGUGCACCAGAAGGAAGAUACAAGCAUUGGUGCAGAUUCCAAUUCAGCUACGUACCAAGUCUUAAUCAUGAACCCCAACCAGGUGAUCGAUUGUUGCAUGUUUUCUGAAAUAAAUAAUGCAUGUUAGUGUGAUGUUUUCAUUUUUUCUAUCGUGUAAAAUAAGAUGAUGAUGCUCUAUUGUUGUAUUUGCCAUGUGUAUUUUCCUAUAUCCAGAUUGUGCAUGUAAACUGUCUCUUCUAUGUCCAAUUCUGUUUGAGGUUGCAUUUUACACUAUUUUCAAUAUCAUAAAACUCUACUGCUA